UCCAGACCUUUGGUAUGGUAUUUCUGUGCAGGUCUUCACGGGAGUUGCAUCAUUACACGUGAAGCUGGAAGAAUACCGCCGUUUUCUGCCGAUUCCUUAUUAAGUUUGUAUCGAAAGGAAAAAAGAUGUUGACCGCGAGAUUACUGAACCGCAAUUACGUCGGUGUCGCGUGUGAGAUCGCGAGGAAGCAACAAUUCAGCACGAUUUUGAAAAAUGUUGCAGCUUCAACGGUUACUAUAUCACAUCGACUUACCGAUUUACAACAGUAUCGACAUAAAUCCGAAGGUGUAAAAGGUGCAGUUAUUGGUAUCGAUCUUGGAACUACAUUCUCCUGUGUAGCAGUAAUGGAAGGCAAACAAGCUAAAGUUAUAGAAAAUGCAGAAGGUUCUAGGACCACUCCCUCUUAUGUUGCAUUUACGAAAGAUGAUGAACGCUUAGUUGGCAUGCCUGCCAAACGUCAAGCAGUAACAAAUUCUGUUAAUACAUUUUAUGCAACAAAACGAUUAAUUGGACGAAGAUAUGAAGAUCCUGAAGUAAAAAAGGAUAUGAAAAGUGUAACAUAUAAUGUGAAAGCAUCCAACGGAGAUGCAUGGGUACAAGGUGCUGAUGGAAAAAUGUACUCUCCCAGUCAAAUAGGAGCAUUUGUACUUAUGAAAAUGAAGGAAACGGCUGCAGCUUAUUUGAAUACUCCGGUAAAAAAUGCUGUUAUUACUGUACCAGCAUAUUUCAAUGAUUCACAACGACAAGCAACAAAAGAUGCUGGACAAAUAGCUGGAUUGAAUGUUCUUCGAGUUAUAAACGAACCAACUGCAGCUGCACUUGCAUAUGGCAUGGAUAAACAGGAAGAUAAAAUCAUUGCUGUUUAUGAUUUAGGUGGAGGUACUUUUGAUAUCUCAAUUUUAGAAAUCCAAAAGGGCGUUUUUGAAGUAAAAUCUACAAAUGGAGAUACAUUCUUGGGAGGAGAGGAUUUUGAUAAUGCAUUAGUUAAUUACCUUGUAUCUGAAUUUAAAAAAGAGCAAGGCAUAGAUGUAACUAAAGAUGCAAUGGCAAUGCAAAGAUUGAAAGAAGCUUCAGAAAAGGCUAAAAUUGAAUUGUCAAGUUCUCUCCAAACGGAUAUAAAUCUACCAUAUCUUACUAUGGAUUCUAGUGGACCAAAACACUUGAAUCUUAAGCUAUCCAGAAGUAAAUUUGAGAGUCUAGUAAAUGAUCUGAUUAAACGUACAAUUCAACCAUGUCAGAAAGCGCUUUCUGAUGCCGAAGUAACAAAAUCUGAUAUUGGUGAAGUUUUAUUGGUUGGUGGCAUGACUAGGGUUCCUAAAGUACAACAGACAGUUCAAGAAAUAUUUGGUAGACAACCAUCAAAAGCUGUAAAUCCAGAUGAAGCUGUAGCAGUUGGUGCUGCAGUUCAAGGAGGUGUACUUGCAGGAGAUGUGACAGAUGUUCUACUUCUUGAUGUUACUCCUUUGUCAUUAGGUAUUGAAACACUUGGUGGUGUCUUCACAAGAUUAAUUUCUCGAAAUACAACUAUACCUACAAAGAAGAGUCAAGUAUUUUCUACAGCAGCAGAUGGUCAGACUCAAGUCGAGAUUAAAGUUCACCAAGGCGAGCGAGAAAUGGCUAAUGAUAACAAACUUCUGGGACAGUUUAGUCUUAUUGGCAUUCCACCUGCCCCAAGAGGUGUACCACAAAUAGAAGUAACAUUUGAUAUCGAUGCGAAUGGUAUAGUGCAUGUAUCAGCCAGAGACAAAGGAACUGGGAAAGAACAACAAAUUGUUAUUCAAUCUAGUGGUGGCCUUAGCAAAGAUGAAAUUGAAAACAUGGUUAAAAAUGCUGAGCAAUAUGCAAAGGCAGAUAAAGUUAAAAAGGAAAGAGUUGAAGCUGUUAAUCAAGCAGAAGGAAUUAUACAUGAUACAGAAUCGAAAUUAGAAGAAUUUAAAGCACAAUUACCACAAGAAGAGUGCGAUAAACUUAAGGAAUUAGUUGCCAAACUACGAGAGAUCUUGGCUAAGAAAGAUGAUAUUGAGCCUGAAGAAAUAAAGAAACAAACGAACGAACUCCAGCAAGCGAGCUUGAAGCUAUUUGAGAUGGCAUACAAGAAGAUGGCAGCAGAAAGAGAAAGCCAAAAUCAGUCACAACAGGAACCUGAAGGCGAGAAGAAGGAGGAGAAAAACUAAUUAUAAUUAGAUAAUUCAUACUUUGUAAAAAAAAAAAAAAAAAAAAAAAAAGAUUCCAUUUUGCACACACUUGUAUAAGUAUCUGCUGUUUUUUGCUCUCUUAAAAGAGUAAUUUAUUAUAUAUAAAAUCAGUUUCGAUGAUUUGUGCGAACAAUAGACAAAUUAGAAAUUAAAAAACAAAAGUAUUAUGUCUAUAAAAGAAAAAUAAUUUCAAUUCUUACAAAACGGCUUGAAUGUCUUAACAUACAAUAGUAUGAUUGUAAAAUGAUUUGUACCAAUAACAAUGAAAAUAGUUAAGUUAUAUUAUGAUUUUAUGAAAUGCUAUAUAGUAUAUAAAAUGAAUGAAUCUGAGAUGAGAAUAGAAUUGAGAGAGAAUGAGAUGAAUGUGUAUUUUGUGCAAAACAAGUUAUUCUGUAAACAAUACAUAAUACAUAGGUAAUUGUAAAGAACAUUGUUGCAUUAUGCGAUGUAAUCAUCUUUUACUUGAAUUUUUAUUUAAAUAUCUUUAAGAAACAA